AUGACCAUACCCCAAUUUUUGCUGUGCCACAUGCUGCUGUCAACCCUCUACUACGUACCUCAGGCAAUCUCUGUCUCCUUCGACUUCGAUUUCUCCCAACCCAGCAGUUGGUACCAGGCUGCAAAAUUAAGCUUACAGGGCGACGCCCGCAUGGAGGACAAAGUGAUCGAGCUGACGAGAAAAGGCUCGGAGAACAGCGUAGGGCGGGCGUCCUACUCGGAAGCGGUAGCCAUUUGGGACGAGAUCACCGGUGAGCUCACCAGUUUCACCACCGUUUUCUCCUUCCAAAUCUUGCCAGACACCUACUUCAGCACCGGCGACGGCAUGGCUUUCUUCCUCGGGCACUACCCGUCGAUCAUUCCUGCCUCAGGCGUCGGCGGCAGCCUCGGCCUGUUCAGUACGGACACCACCAACGCGACGGGGGAUAACCGGGCCGUGGCGGUGGAGUUCGACACCCACGACAACCCCGCCUACGACAACAGCAACAAUCACAUCGGCAUCGACGUCAACUCCCUCAUCUCCAGGGAGUAUGCCAACACCAGUAAUGUGCCAGGCAGGAACCUGACAUCCGGCCUGGUGAUGACGUGCCGGAUCAGCUACGAAAACAGCACGCAGCGCCUCGCUGCUGAUCUCCAGAUUGGUAACGUGACCUACCAUGUGGAUUCCAUUAUCGACCUGAGGAAAGUUUUGCCUAGCGUAGUGGCCAUCGGCUUCUCAGCGGCUACCGGUGUGUCGUCGGAGUUACACCGGCUACUGGCCUGGUCGUUCAACUCCACCUUGGAUGGCCCCCGUGCACCUGCACCCAACUCCACCUUGGAUGGCCCCCGUGCACCUGCACCCAACUCCAAGAUUAGGGUUUGGAAGAUUGUUGUUAUAAUAACAGGAGCAGCGGAUGUGGUAGUAGUCAUCGCCGGUUUUGUGUAUCUAAGGCGACGACUUAGAAGACAGAACAAUACAGGGUACGAAACUCCAGCCCAUGUUGCCAGAUGUUUCAGUUACCAUGAACUGGCCGAGGCGACGCACAACUUUGCAGAAGAACAGAAGCUCGGCGAGGGAGCCUACGCUUGUGUUUACAGAGGAGAGCUGGCAAAUCCAAGCCGAUCGGUGGCAGUAAAAAGGUUCAAGCGAGGAACAUCGUCUAGUAUCGGCAUGAUGAGAGCUUUUGAGGAUGAGGUUGAGGCCAUCAGUCAAGUCAGACACCGCAACCUUGUUGAGCUAGUAGGCUGGUGCAAUGAUGGGAAGAAGCACCGCUUGUUGCUCGUUUACGAGCUUGUCACCGAAGGUAAUCUUGACGAACAUUUGCAUGGGGGGCGGAGUUGGUUGUCGUGGACCAUGAGGUACAAGAUCAUCCUCAACCUAGGCCGCGCCCUACAGUAUCUCCACGAAGAUUGCAGCUUCUGCGUGUUGCAUGGCGACAUCAAGUCCAGCAACAUAUUACUGGACUCACGGCACGUUGCCAAGUUAGGUGACUUUGGCUUGGCAAGGUUUACUGAGCAUGAGAUCGAGUUGAAGAAUACAUGUAACAUAGCUGGAACACCAGGGUAUGUGGACCCAGACUUUGUCACGACGGGGAAGCGGAGCAGAGUCUCGGAUGUCUACAGCUUUGGCAUUGUUUUGCUGGAGAUCGUUUCAGGACGGCGUCCAGCUGUUGUAGACCAUCAAACUAUGGUCACCCCGUUGCUGUUAUGGGUAUGGGGCAAGAACAAUGGUGAAGCCAUCCUUGAAGCAGCGGAUGCGGCUCUCAGGGAGGAAUCCACGGCGGUUGAUCGGGGACAGAUGGAGCGUGCGCUACUCGUGGGGCUCUGGUGCGCACACCCAGACCCAACCCAACGGCCAUCGAUCGCAGAGGCGUUGAGGGCCCUGCAGUCUAGGGAUGUGGAGAUCCCUCAUCUGCCACUGCCAGUGUUCAUGGCAGGGCUGUCAAAUUUUGCUACUGAUGACAGGCCAAGUGCAAGCGAGACCUCUGAUGGCGCUUCUGUAUGGGGUGAACUCCAAUGGACUCGCUAG